CGCCCUCAUUCCCGCCCUUCACCACCCCCCGGCCUCCUCCCACUUUCCUUUUGGUCCUCUUCUGUUACAGAAGUUCUGAUUUUUCCUAGAGAGCUAGAGGAAAGUGAUUUAUGCUCAAGGAAAUUUGGGAUUCAGAAAGUUGGGAGCUCAUACGAACAUGGCGAAUCUACUGAAAACCGUGGUGACUGGCUGUUCGUGUCCUUUACUUAGCAAUUUGGGGUCCUGUAAGGUUAUACCUGGGAAGAAGGAUUUUUUACGAACAUUUCAUACUCAUCAGGCUCUUUGGUGUAAAGCUCCUGUAAAACCAGGAAUUCCAUAUAAACAACUGACUGUUGGUGUCCCCAAGGAGAUUUUCCAAAAUGAGAAGCGGGUGGCAUUGUCUCCUGCUGGGGUUCAGGCCUUGGUCAAGCAGGGUUUCAGUGUUGUCGUGGAAUCAGGUGCUGGUGAAGCUUCCAAGUUUUCUGAUGAUCACUACAAAGCAGCAGGUGCCCAGAUCCAAGGGGUGAAGGAAGUGCUGGCUUCUGAUUUGGUGGUCAAAGUGCGAGCCCCCAUGGUUAAUCCAACUUUAGGUGUUCAUGAAGCCGACCUUUUAAAGACAUCGGGAACACUGAUUAGCUUUAUUUACCCAGCCCAAAAUCCAGACUUGCUAAAUAAACUUUCUAAAAGAAAAACUACAGUUUUGGCAAUGGACCAGGUUCCAAGAGUCACAAUUGCUCAGGGAUAUGACGCGCUAAGCUCCAUGGCCAACAUUGCUGGUUAUAAAGCUGUUGUACUAGCAUCAAAUCAUUUCGGACGGUUUUUCACUGGUCAGAUCACAGCUGCUGGAAAAGUUCCUCCAGCUAAGAGUGUGAGCGAGGAGAGGGGGCCUAAAAUAACCACUGCUUUCCCUUCAAUCAUUACCAGAGCUGCAGCUUUGGAGCAGUUCAAGUCUCUUGGUGCUGAGCCCUUGGAGGUGGACUUGAAGGAAUCUGGUGAAGGACAAGGAGGAUAUGCAAAAGAGAUGUCCAAAGAGUUCAUCGAAGCUGAAAUGAAACUCUUUGCUCAACAGUGCAAGGAGGUGGAUAUCCUCAUCAGCACAGCACUUAUUCCAGGUAAAAAAGCUCCAGUUUUAUUUAGUAAAGAGAUGAUUGAGUCAAUGAAGGAAGGCUCAGUUGUUGUGGAUUUAGCUGCUGAGGCUGGCGGAAACUUUGAAACCACUAAGCCGGGAGAACUUUAUGUCCAUAAGGGAGUUACUCACAUAGGCUACACAGACCUUCCCAGCCGAAUGGCCACGCAGGCCAGCACCUUAUAUUCCAACAACAUCACCAAGCUCCUGAAGGCCAUCAGCCCUGACAAAGAUAAUUUUUAUUUUGAAGUGAAAGAUGACUUUGACUUUGGUACAAUGGGUCAUGUCAUUAGAGGAACUGUAGUGAUGAAGGAUGGCGACGUGAUUUUCCCUGCUCCCACCCCGAAAAAUAUUCCUCAAGGUGCCCCAGUAAAACCGAAGACAGUGGCUGAGCUGGAAGCUGAGAAAGCAGCUACCGUCACCCCCUUCAGGAAGACGAUGACUACGGCUUCUGCAUAUACAGCAGGUCUCACUGGGAUGCUGGGUUUGGGCAUUGUGGCACCCAAUUUAGCCUUUUCCCAGAUGGUAACCACUUUUGGCUUGGCCGGCAUCGUGGGCUACCACACCGUCUGGGGAGUGACCCCUGCUCUCCACUCACCACUGAUGUCUGUGACUAAUGCAAUCUCAGGGUUGACUGCAGUUGGUGGGUUGGCACUGAUGGGAGGACAUUUGUAUCCUUCCACAAUUUCUCAGGGCCUUGCCGCUCUUGCUACAUUUAUUUCCUCAGUCAACAUUGCAGGCGGCUUUCUGGUGACCCAGAGAAUGCUGGACAUGUUCAAGCGUCCCACGGAUCCCCCAGAAUACAAUUACCUGUAUCUGCUCCCUGCUGGAACCUUCGUUGGAGGAUAUUUAGCUGCCCUCUACAGUGGUUAUAACAUUGAACAAAUCAUGUAUCUGGGCUCAGGUCUGUGCUGUGUUGGUGCCCUGGCCGGCCUUUCCACCCAGGGAACAGCUCGUCUUGGCAAUGCAUUGGGCAUGAUUGGGGUGGCUGGAGGCCUGGCAGCCACCCUCGGAGGCCUAAAACCAUCCCCAGAAUUGUUAGCUCAGAUGUCUGGAGCAAUGGCUUUGGGCGGUACCAUUGGAUUGACAAUUGCCAAACGCAUCCAGAUUUCUGAUUUACCUCAAUUAGUUGCUGCAUUCCACAGCUUAGUGGGCUUGGCAGCUGUACUUACUUGCAUAGCUGAGUACAUCAUAGAAUAUCCACAUUUUGCCAUGGACGCAGCUGCAAAUCUCACCAAGAUCGUGGCCUACCUCGGUACUUAUAUCGGUGGUGUCACGUUUAGCGGCUCUCUCGUUGCCUACGGAAAGCUGCAGGGUAUCCUGAAAUCCGCCCCUCUCCUGCUUCCUGGGAGGCACUUACUUAAUGCAGGCUUGCUGGCUGCUAGUGUGGGUGGAAUAAUCCCAUUCAUGAUGGACCCUAGCUUUACUACGGGCAUUACCUGUCUGGGCUCUGUGUCAGCUCUCUCUGCUGUCAUGGGUGUGACUUUGACAGCUGCUAUCGGGGGUGCGGACAUGCCCGUCGUCAUCACUGUGCUGAACAGCUACUCAGGCUGGGCCCUGUGUGCGGAGGGCUUCCUGCUGAACAACAACCUGCUGACCAUCGUGGGGGCGCUCAUAGGCUCCUCUGGCGCUAUCCUGUCCUACAUCAUGUGUGUGGCAAUGAAUCGCUCCCUGGCUAAUGUGAUUCUUGGAGGCUAUGGUACUACUUCAACAGCUGGUGGAAAACCCAUGGAAAUUUCUGGCACACAUACAGAAAUCAACCUUGACAAUGCAAUUGACAUGAUUCGAGAAGCUAAUAGCAUUAUUAUUACUCCAGGCUAUGGUCUCUGUGCAGCCAAAGCGCAGUACCCCAUCGCCGACUUGGUGAAGAUGCUCUCAGAACAGGGCAAGAAAGUCAGGUUUGGAAUUCACCCAGUUGCAGGCCGGAUGCCUGGUCAGCUUAAUGUGCUGCUGGCUGAGGCUGGGGUGCCAUAUGAUAUUGUGUUGGAAAUGGACGAGAUCAACCAUGAUUUCCCAGACACUGAUUUGGUUCUUGUGAUUGGAGCUAAUGACACUGUGAAUUCAGCAGCUCAAGAAGACCCCAACUCUAUUAUUGCAGGCAUGCCAGUCCUUGAGGUCUGGAAAUCAAAGCAGGUCAUCGUUAUGAAGAGGUCCUUGGGUGUUGGCUAUGCUGCAGUGGACAAUCCAAUCUUCUACAAACCUAACACGGCCAUGCUUCUAGGCGAUGCUAAGAAGACCUGCGAUGCACUGCAGGCGAAAGUGAGAGAAUCCUACCAGAAGUAAAUUUUAAAGACCAAGCUAUUGUCUGACGAAGCCACUUCUUCCGUUGUGGGAACAGGCAAAUAAAGUAAUCACUCCAUACAGCUGAUAGACAUCUGUAGCAAAGCUCUUGGAAGAAAAAGAAGACUGAAGAAAGCAAAGCAAGCAGGGAGAUUUUUCAGGAACAGUGAUCCCUUGAUGUAAAAAAAAAAGAUUGAGAAUUCUACAUGUCUUCCUGUGCAUAUUUUUUGUGUUAUGAAUUUCAAAAGUAUUUUAUAAAAGGAGAAAGAACAGCCUUAUUUUAGUUCUAAUCCAUUUGGAUUUUUUUUAAUUCUUCCACAGUAGUCAGAGUGUUUAAGAAAUUAAAUCUUUAGGAUCUUAGUACUUACAUUAUAUACAUGGAUCUGAAAAAUCUUACCCUGUAAACAUUACAGCUACCUUCAUUUAUGUUUUUUGCAACAAAUGUUACUAAUUUGAAACUUUUGUCAACUUCUGAGCUAUCCUCUAACCAUUUAACCAUAAUCUGAAUUAACCAUAUCAAAUUGGCUUCAACUUUUUGAACUGUACUUCCAAUUCUAGGUUUCAGGGAUGUAUUUUCUGACUUCUAUAUUAAUAUAUUAAAGGACUAGAUAAUCUUUCAGAGGAACAAAUCAUUUGCUUUGUAUGUUUCAUCAGGACACCAAUGAAACAUAUAAUUUGAAAUCAGUAUUGUAUUUUUAAAAAUCCCAUUUCCAAUCAGAUCUUUUUUUAGUUUCAAUCAAUUUAUACUGUGUAUUACUAUAUUAAGUGCACUUGAAUGGAAUUCAAGUAUUUGACUAAUCAAAUGAGUUCAUCAUGUUUGCAUAGAGAUGUAGCAAUUGUCUCUGGUAACAAAGGGCUAAAGUGAAUAGUUCUGCCUGUUACUAACAUCUGGGGAAGACUUGCUACUAUGAAAUAGAUGAAAUUAAUCAGUCUCUUAACUGUUGGCAAGAAUUUUUUAUCCAAAUCAGAGUGUGUUUUGAGGUCUUAUGUAAUUGAUGACAUUUGAGAAAAAUGGUGGCACUUUUUUUUUAGCUACCUAUUUGUUUAUCUAAGCACCAGUAAAAAUCAUGUCUUUUUGCAGUAAAAGUGUAGAUUUUCUUUGUGACUUUGCUACUGUUCCAAAAGCUCCUUAUAGGUGAAUGUGUGAGGAAUACUUGGAAUAUCUGCCUCUCUAUUUAACGAAUUUGGUACUAAGUUUCUCGAAACAAUUAUAAACACAUAAAAACUAUUUCUAAACCAGAAAGAGAAA